GAGGGAAAUUCAGAUUUGGUGCCCCGCCCCAGCGGCAAACCAAAAAUUUGAACCCACCCACCAAGUCCUUUUUCCUCCUAUUUCUUCUCCAUCACCUCGCCCCUUCCAUCCCCAUUCCCCAUCCCCUCCACGCCGCCACAAAACCCUAGGAGACCAAACCCUCCCCAUCACCCACCCGCCGCCGUCACCAUGCCCGACCUCCCCUGCGACGGCGAUGGCGUCUGCAUGGUCUGCCGCGCCGCCGCCCUGCCCGAGGUCGAGCUCCUCUGCUGCUCCACCUGCGCCACCCCGUGGCACUCCCCCUGCCUCUCCAAGCCCCCCGCCCUCUCCGAAGCCGCCCGGUGGAGCUGCCCCGACUGCUCCGGCGACUCCGCCCCCGCCGCACCCGGGGCCAGGGGUGGGCUCGUCGCCGCCAUCCGCGCCAUCGAGGCCGACAGCACUCUCUCCGACCACGAGAAGGCGCGGCGCCGCCAGGCCCUCCUCUCCGGCGACGCGCCCGUCGCCGAAGAAGACGACGCGGGGGACGAUGUCCUCGAGGUCGUCGGCAAGAACUUCAGCUGCGUCUUCUGCAUGAAGCUUCCCGACCGCCCCGUCACCACACCAUGUGGCCAUAACUUCUGCUUGAAAUGUUUCCAAAAGUGGAUUCAGAAUGGAAAAAGGACAUGUGGGAAAUGUCGGGCACAAAUCCCAGCUAAGAUGGCAGAGCACCCAAGAAUUAACUCUGCAUUAGUUGAAGUUAUUCGUAUGGCCAAAAUUUCAAAGAAUGCUAACUCAGCUGGCUCAGCAGCUCCGUAUCAUUAUUUACGCAAUGAUGAUAGACCUGACAAGGCAUUUACAACAGAGAGAGCUAAGAGGGCUGGAAAAGCAAAUGCUUCGAGUGGCCAGAUCUUUGUGACUAUUGCACCUGAUCAUUUUGGCCCCAUUCUUGCUGAAAAUGAUCCCAAAAGGAAUAUUGGUGUUCGAGUUGGGGAAACAUGGGAAGAUCGACUUGAGUGCAGGCAAUGGGGUGCCCAUUUUCCUCAUGUUGCUGGUAUUGCUGGCCAAUCCACAUAUGGUGCUCAGUCAGUAGCACUCUCAGGAGGGUAUGAAGAUGAUGAAGACCAUGGGGAGUGGUUUCUUUAUACUGGAAGUGGUGGAAGAGACCUAAGCGGGAAUAAGCGAACAAACAAGGAACAAUCCUCUGAUCAGAAAUUUGAGAAGCUGAAUGCUGCUUUGCGUAUUAGUUGCUUGAGGGGUUACCCUGUCAGGGUUGUACGGUCCCACAAAGAGAAGCGUUCUUCAUAUGCUCCUGAAUCUGGUGUGCGAUAUGAUGGAAUUUACAGAAUAGAGAAAUGCUGGAGAAAGAUUGGCAUUCAGGGUAAGUUCAAGGUCUGCAGGUAUCUCUUUGUACGCUGCGACAAUGAACCAGCUCCUUGGACCAGUGAUGAUCAUGGUGACCGUCCGAGACCAUUGCCGAAGAUAAAGGAGCUGCAAGGUGCAACUGAUAUAACAGAGAGGAAAGGACGUUCUUCAUGGGACUACGAUGAGAAAGCAGGCUGGAAAUGGAUGGUACCUUCACCAAUCAGCAGAAAACCUGUUCUAUGUGGGGACCCUGAGGCUGACAAGGAAAUUCGGAGAGUAGCAAAGCGUGCUCAUAUGUCUGUGGCUGAAAGGCUGCUGAAAGAGUUUGGUUGUUCUAUCUGCCGGAAAGUGAUUAAAGAACCACUUACCACUCCAUGUGCUCAUAACUUUUGCAAGACUUGUUUGCUCGGGGCAUAUGAUAGCCAGUCCUCGAUGAGGGAAAGAAGCCGUGGUGGUCGGACUCUAAGGGCACAGAAGAUUGUGAAGAAGUGCCCUUCCUGCCCGACUGACAUCUGUGACUUCCUAGAGAAUCCACAGAUCAACCGAGAGAUGAUGGAUUUAAUUGAGUCUUUGCAACGGAAGGCUGUUGAAGAAGACAUCAAGGUUGCUCCAGACAGCAGUAACGAUGCUGAGGAAUCUGGUAAUGGUGACUCGGAGGAGAAUGAUGGUGCUUUGGUGAAGGAAGAGGUUGAUAUCGGCUUGAAUGAGGAAGAGCAAGAUAGUGCAGAGGAUAAGAAGACUGAUUCGGAUGUUAAUGCUGAUAGUUCUGUCAAAAUUGUGGUUGAAAUCAAGGAGGAAGAUCAGCAGCCUAAGAAGCACGAAGGAGAAGCUGAGAAAGGAAAAAAUGAUAUGAAGCUCAAGAUGAGUGCAACUGAAGUGGUGGAUGUGCUAGUUGAACAAGAUGCUGUGGAACGGAUCAAGAAUGGUUUCAAGGAGGUUGGAAACAAAGGAAGCCAGCAGCCUCAGAAGCGCAAGGGCGACGCUGAGAUUGUCACAAAUGGUGCUAAAAGGAUGAAGACAGCUGCUGCUGUGGAAGGGAUUGUUGUGUGCGGCACUCCUAUCAAACAGGCCAGGAAGAGUAGUGAGGUGAAUGUUAGUCCUGUUGUUAGCAGCAGUUGCAGGGUAACUCGGAAAAGUGCAAAUGCUACUGAAGCUGGUGAUAGCCCUGCUAGAAGGACCAGAAGCCGUGCCAGGGCUGAUGGUGGUUGCUGAAGGCUGUAGGAAGAGGUAGCGGAGGAGCGUGUCAGGGCUGAUGGUGGUUGCUGAAGGCUGCAGAAAGAGGUAGCGGAGGAGCGGGGAUGCUGAUGACGUGGAAGCAGAAGCCACAUCUCAUUGAAGGCUCCAUAUUUUGGGGAAGCUGUAUUUAAACUGGGGGGUUUGCUUUCUUUCGAGUGAUUGCUUACUCUUGCGGGAUUUAUGGUGGAAUUGGAUGCCGUGCACUUGUUUUGGGGAAACCUAAUAGGAAUACCUGGAUGAUGGUUUAUCGAAGAUGCUUAAACUAUUUAAGUUACCGCUCUGUUGAAUGUACGGUUGCUGUCUCCAAACUCCUUUAUGAACUUAUAAAACGUGUAGUACCAAAUUAGGUUA